UUAAUUAAAACUUUACCCCUUGCUUUAGUCAUUUGUUUUCAUGAAAAGUUUUCUAAAUAAAAUUGUGUAAAAAUGACAACAGAAAUAAAACCUUCAAGUGCACGAAACGAUCGUUUUAAUGCUAGCAGAAAAGCAGAACUUUUGAAUAAAAUUGAAGGCAUCCCAGAUGAUAUAAACGCUGCAAUGUUUAUAGAAAAUGAAGGAAUUAUUUCAGUCAGUGAUGAUAAAACGAUACGCGUGUGGCUGAAAAGAGAUUCCGGAACUUAUUGGCCUAGCAUUGUGAACUUUAUGCCAUCACAAUGCACAUCUGUUGAUUAUGUGCCAGAAACUAGAACACUUUUCAUCGGUCAAGAAAAUGGAACAAUUUCACAAUUUAUACUCUCUGAAGAUUGUAAUCGUUUGACUCCAAUAAAAGAAUAUUUAGCACAUAAUGGACGCAUUACUGGAAUAAUCUUUGCUAAAAAUUGUGGCUGGAUUUUAUCAUGUGCUCGUGAUAAAACAUUUGCAGCUCAUUGUAUUGAAACGGGUAACAAAAUCGGCGGUUACACAUUCGAAGCAUGGUGUACGUCUAUGAAGUUUGAUUCAUUGUCAAAACAUGUGUUCAUCGGUGACUUUGCUGGACAGAUCACCAUGUUGAAAAUUCAACAAUCCGGUGCAAGUCUGGUGACAGUGUUGAAAGGACAUACGGCAAGUGUUAGGUCAUUAUUUUGGUCUGAUGGACCACAACUUCUCUUCAGUGGAAGUGCUGACAAUUCUGUAAUCGUAUGGGAUUUGGGUGGAAGACGUGGAACAACUUAUGAGCUCCAAGGACAUCAAAACAAAGUAUCAGCUUUAGGAUACUCAAAGAAUACACAGGAAUUAAUAAGCGCUGGCGAAGAUAGCGUUAUCGUAUUAUGGAAGAUAAAUUGUAUGAGAAAAGCAGCGCCUGACUGGGUGGAAUCAGAUACAUGUCAACUCUGUGCUAAGCCUUUCUUUUGGAAUCUUAAGGCAAUGUUUGAACAAAAAGCUCUUGGUGUAAAUCGUCAACAUCAUUGCAGAAAUUGUGGCAAAGCAAUUUGUGAUAAUUGUUCACCACAUCGAAUCACCAUUCCCAUCAUGGGCUUUGAGUAUGAAGUACGUGUUUGCAAUGCAUGUCAUGCGACACUUAAAGAUACUGAUCGCCCAUCACUCGCAACUUUCCUCGAUGCUAAACACUCAGUCGUCGAUAUUGAUGUCGAUGAAGAUAAAAAACGAAUUUUGACUGUUGGACAGGAUCGUGUAAUUAAAAUCUGGGUUUUAUCGAGUUUAUGGUAGAUACAGUGAAAUCGAGAUCAAAACUGAUUUCAUCAAUCGUUGAAUCAAAAUAUUGUUUAUUUUUCUUCUUUUUAUAUAUUAUCAUUAUAGAAAAAAAUGAUAUCAAUUGAACUAUGUUGAACUUUACUUAAUUAAGCAUCUAUCAAAACUAGUUAUUUACGAUUGGAUUGAAAAAGUCGCUAAAUUGAAAUGUACUAAAAUUUCUUUUCUUUUGAGUGUUUGAAAUUUAUUUAUUUAAAAAUUAAAAGACAACAAAUCAGAUUCAUCAAUAAGAAUUUAUUUUUGUUGUUGUCUUUUAAUUUCAGAUUUAUAAAUUUUUAAACAUUUCUCGCUUACAGUUUUUCGACCUUUUUCAUCCAAUCGUUACUUACCAUUUGAACAUUGUGAAACAUUUUUAUUUUCUCUUCGUUUCGCAACAACAAAGAAUAUUUAAAAAAGUUGAUUGAUUUAAUUUCUCUCGCUUUGAUGAAAUCAAAAUAACUUAAGUUUAAGAAUAACUGUUAUCAGUUCUAGGGAACAUUUGAAGUUUACCAGAAGGAAAAAUUAUUUUCUACCUAGCUUUCUUAAAUGUUUAGGAAAAGAGAAAGAAGCACGAAAGUGUCACAAAACUUAUUUUUUCUUCUUUAUUCAGACGAAAGACUCGAGACGAAAGAUUUCUUUCUCGUUCUCUGAUAACGAUCGGCGGUGUCUUUUGUUUGUUCUUGAUUCGCGCGACGGCAACAAAGAUGAGAAGAAAAAAAUUUUUUUUUUUGAUAAUUAAUCGCUAACGACAAAUGAAAUUUACAUAAUCAAGAUUUCUGUUUUGUGUCAUUUUUUUAUUUCUUUUUUUUCGGCUGCGUCUUGAACUUAAAAAAUUAUAUGAAAAUCUUAAAAUGAACUAAGAAAAUGUUCAAUUAUGAGCAUGAGAUAUGAAAUGAUAAAUAACAAUCAACUUUAAAUUGAAUUAAACUAUUCCUUACUUAUUUUAUAUGUAACUAAAUCAUUAAAAACGUAGAUAUUUGUAUUACAAAUUAAAAAUGUAUGGAAACAAAAAUAAGAGAAGAAACCAAAAUUAUUUACUAUCUAAAACGUGGCAAUAAAAAAAUCAUGGCGGGAAAAGUCAAGAAAAAAAA